AUGAUUGGUGCUCCCCUGCACUCUGAUAAACAACUCAAGGAUAUAAAUGCUCCAAACAUUGUGGAACAGGGUGUGUCUGGUUCACAGGUGCCUAACGUGAUAGGAUUGGAACUAGGGGGAGAAUUACCACAAACAGAUCAGAAUAUUCCAAAACCGGAGCUUCAGUUUUAUACAAGAAGGCAAACCUUGAUGAAUACAAUCAAUCCGAAUAUUCCUCUAACUAUUGAACAGUUGACGUCCUCGAAUGAUGGGCCUUCCGAUAGUACUUCUUCUUCUCUGGGAGAGAUUGAAGAGCUUAAGAGGAGAUUAGCUCAUGAAUUCGAGAUCAAGGACUUGGGUCCUCUAAAGUACUUUCUUGGGAUGAAAUUUGCAAGAUCUAAGAAGGGGAUCUUUGUCAACCAACAUGCAGACUGGGCAAGCAGUAUAACUGACAGAAGAUCCACAUCAAGGUACUGCACCUUUGUGGGAGGCAAUCUUGUUACUUGGAGGAAUAAGAAACAAAAUGUGGUGGCUAGAAGCAGUGCUAAAACCGAAUUUCGUGUAGUUGUCGCCCAUGGUAUUUGUGAGGUCAUGUGGAUAAAGAGGCUUCUAUCAGACUUGAGGGUCUCUACUUCCCUAAUAGCUAAAGUUUACUGUGAUAAUAAGGCUGCAAUCUCUAUUGCUCAUAAUUCAAUUCUCCAUGACAGGACGAAGCAUGUAGAGUUUAAGAAUCUUGUGAGCAAGCUUGCCAUGGAAGAUAUCUUCAAGCCAGUUUGA